GCAAAAUCCUUUUUUACACUUUUCGUUUUAAUUAAAAACAACAAAUAGGUAGGUACGUUACCUUCACAAUUUUUUUGUCCAUGGGGAACUAUGGUAUUACUACGAGUUUGUAAACGUGUUGUUAAUAAUGAAUUUACAAGAAAAAUCAGCAACAUAAUUCCACGUAAAGAAGCCUUUGAUUGCAGAAAAAAGAAUCACAUUAAAUGGCAAGAACUCAACCAGAAAGAGCAUUCAUGGAGGCACCUCAGCAUGAACAAAGAUACUACAUUCCACAUCAGAAAAAUCGAAUCAAAGGAUAAAGAACGUGUCAUUGACUUUCUAAGGAAAUAUUUCUUGCGCGACGAGCCGAUGUCUCAAGCAGUGAAACUUAUAAACGGUCCAGAUGACCGAUGUGUGGAAGCUGAGCAAAGUGUGAGCAGUGCUAUUGAUGAAGGAUUCUCAUUAAGCGCUGUUGAUGAAAACGAAGAGCUGGUGGGAGUCGUCAUCAAUGCGACCAUGCAUAGAGACGAUACCGGCUGUAAAGAAGCAGCGGAGAACUGUGGUAAUCCUAAAUUCAGACGUAUUCUAGCCGUUCUAAUGUAUAUGCGGGAAAAGUCACAACUCUGGGAAAAAGUGCCAAGUAGUUGUAAUAUGGUAAUGGAUCUUACGAUGGCAUCUGUGCAUCCGAAUUGGAGAAAAAGACGCGUCAUGGAAGCACUAGCCAAAGAAUCAGAAUGUAUCGCUAAAAAAGUGCAUGCAUGUGCUAUACGCAUGGACGCGACGUCGUUUUACUCAGGGCGCGCAGCUGAACGAUUGGGGUAUAAGAGCAUAUACGCCAUCAAAUACGCUGACAUACCAGAUGCACCACUGCCUAAGUUACCCCACAUCGAAGCUAGAGUCUACAUGAAACUAUUAUAAGUUGCUGUGUGAUGGUAAAGAUCUGCUGAAGACGUUCGACCUAAACCUGAUUAAGUGCUUCUUUAUUUAUACAUUGACUAAUUCAACGACAUAGUGACAUAGUAGGACAUAAAUUCAUACCAACACUUUUUUCCCCUUAUUUAUUUACAGUGCUUUUUCACAAGAUAUAAUGUC